AUGGUAUCUCAUUCAAGAAGGACCUUGUGCAGUUUUAUCUCCGAGCGGGUGCCCCCUGAGCAACCGAGGGAACCUGAACAGUGCGAGUUGGUCAUCUACUACCUCCAAGGAGGAGGCUACAAAACAGGGCGUCCAGCAACACCGCUUGACUCAUUUUUACGUGUGGCGGAGAUCGCAGCCGAGAUAGCCGUUUUCGCCCUCAACUACUCACUGGCACCCGAAGCCAAAUGGCCUACGCAAAUCAACCAAGCUGUUGCUGGCUAUCGCUAUCUACUGGAAAAUAUGAAGCUUGACCCAGCCAGAAUCUCUGUACAAGGCGACUCGGCUGGCGGACACAUGGUCUUAUCUUGUUACUCUGCUCUAGUCGGAUCAACACUUCCCAAGCCUAUCGGUGGGGCCUUCAUGGUGUCCCCUUGA